UAAACAAAGAUGCUAUAAGUUUACAAAAAUGGUAUCGAUAUUACCUUAUCAAUUCGAGCCCAAGUCCGAGGAUGAUACAGAUGCAGUCGCUCAACCAGAAACUCCAUCACAAGCUUGACUUGAUCAGGAUGUUUCUCAGUGGAGACUAUAUCCUUGAAGCAAAGCCAAAAGAGAUCUCGGUGGCUCAGCGGCUGAACUAUGAACAGAAUAUGAGUGAUGCUAUGGCUGUGCUGCAUAAACUGCAGACAGGUCUGGAUGUAAACGUUAAGUUCACAGGUGUGCGGGUAUUCGAAUACACACCCGAGUGCAUUGUCUUUGACCUGCUGGAUAUCCCACUCUACCAUGGAUGGCUGGUUGACCCACAGAUGGCUGAUAUAGUCAAGGCAGUGGGAAACUGCAGCUAUAACCAGUUGGUAGAGAAGAUAAUCAGCUGUAAGCAGUCAGACAACAGCGAGCUGGCUGGGGAAGGUUUUGUGGCAGAGCAGUUUCUGAACAGCACAGCGACUCAGCUAACAUACCACGGCCUGUGUGAACUCACUUCUACUGUACAAGAGGGAGAACUGUGUGUCUUCUUCAGGAACAAUCACUUCAGCACCAUGAUCAAAUUUAAGGCCCAGCUGUACUUGCUGGUGACGGAUCAGGGGUUUCUCACGGAGGAGAAGGUGGUUUGGGAAAGUCUGCAUAAUGUCGACGGAGAUGGAAACUUCUGCGACUCAGAGUUUCUUCUGAGGCCACCCUCUGACCCGGAAACUGUGUACCGUGGUCAGCAAGACCAGAUUGAUCAGGACUACCUGAUGGCGCUGUCUCUGCAGCAGGAACAGCAGGCCUCAGACCUGGGUUGGGAACAGAUCCCAGAAGGCAUCAGUGAUCUAGAGCUGGCCAAGAAGCUGCAGGAGGAGGAGGACCGCAGAGCGUCACAGUACUAUCAGGAGCAGGAACAGGCCCAGGCAGCAGCAGCAGCAGCGGCUGCGCAGGCACAGGGACAACAACCAGCAGCGGGUGCCGACCAGGUGGAUAGAGUGGCAGCUGCUGGAGCCUCAGCGGGGGGAGCCACGGCUUCUCCAAGCCCUGGAAAACAGCCCUCAACGGUGGAACGCAAACCCAAGAAGGAAGCCAAGGACAAAGACAAAUGCAUCUUGUUGUAACAGCAGUGGACUCUACGUGGAGUGUGAAACGGGCAGCAGUUUAAUUCCUGUGGCUCUGCAAUGCAUCUCCCAGCCUGAGUUGGAGAAAGAAUAGACGACAGAGAUGAAGUGUGAUAGUCGGAGAGGACUUGCCAUUCUCAAGCCACUUGUGCCUGACUUUAACCCUCUGAGUUCUGAAGAUGCAGACAAGAAGAGAGGGGUGUCACUACAAGGACUAUCACUACAACUUUCGUAGAGCUGGCCAAAUGUUCUCAGCAGGAAAACCACUGCAGUGCACUAUAUUUGUGUGGGGUCACCAGGGAGGGUGUUUUUUUUUUUUGUAGUAAAACAAGGUAAUGUACACAUAAUGUACACAUAGCAGUAGCCCCCCCCCCCACAAAAAAAAAGAAUUUCAACAAAAA